CGGAUAUAGCUCAGAGAUACAGGAUAAGCAAAUACCCGACUCUGAAACUCUUCCGGAACGGAAUGAUGAUGAAGAGAGAAUACAGGGGCCAGAGGUCGGUGACAGCAAUAGCAGAUUACAUCCGGCAGCAGAAGAGUAACCCUAUUCGGGAGGUCCAGGAUUUGGAAGAAAUUCAUUCUCUAGAUCGCAGCAGAAGAAAUAUUGUUGGAUACUUUGAGCAGAAGGAUUCUGACAAUUACAGAAACUUUGAAAGAGUAGCAAAUAUUUUGCAUGAUGAUUGUGUAUUCCUGUCUGCCUUUGGGGCUAUUUCAAAAGCAGAGAGAUUUAGCGGAGACAAUGUAAUCUACAAGCCACCAGGGGAAAAUGCUCCAGAUAUGGUGUAUUUAGGCUCGCUAACCAAUUUUGAUUUGAUUUAUGCAUGGACACAAGAUAAAUGUGUGCCACUAGUUCGAGAAAUUACGUUUGAAAAUGGGGAGGAACUGACAGAAGAAGGCCUUCCUUUUCUCAUACUUUUCCACAUGAAAGAUGACUUGGAGAGCUUAGAGAAAUUCCAGCAGGAGGUUGCACGACAGUUAAUAAGUGAAAAAGGUACAAUAAACUUCCUCCACGCUGACUGUGAUAAGUUCAGGCACCCACUCCUCCACAUUCAGAAGACUCCAGCAGACUGCCCUGUAAUUGCCAUUGAUAGCUUUAGGCACAUGUACGUCUUCCCAGACUUCAGUGAUUUGUCAGUUCCAGGUAAACUGAAGCAAUUUGUACUAGACUUGCAUUCGGGAAAACUGCAUAGAGAGUUUCAUCAUGGCCCUGAUCCAACUGAUGUAGCACCUGGACAGCCAAUUCAGGAUUUAGCAAGCAGCCCACCAGAGAGCUCCUUCCAGAAACUGGCACCCAGUGAACAUAGGUACACCUUAUUGAGGGAAAAAGAUGAACUUUAAAAACUUGACAUAAUCUUGCAAGCCUUUCAGACAGCAGCGUUGACUUCCGUGUGGUGGAAAUAGUAAACCUAUAUUUUCAUAAUUCUAUGUGUAUUUUUAUUUUGAAUAAACUGAAAAAUAAUUUGGUUUUUUUCUCCCCAGGCUUGUAAAUACCUUUGUUUGGUGGGUCAUUCUGUACAGCAUCUUUCAAACAGUACCUUCCUAAUGCUAUAGUGAAAUAUCAGAGACCCAGCCAGACUCUUGAUCUAACUCUGUUCUGUAAAACUUUUAUAAUCCAAAUGAAGGUAUCCUCGCCAGAGACAUGCUGUUAACUUGCACUAUCCCAUUAAAUAGGACUUUUGGGUUGUUUUCUGUGUAACCUUGGUAGUAUGUGCUUUUUCUUCUCCUCCUUCAUGUGGACAGCUAUCCUGGUAAUCUUUCUUUGUCACAUUUUUCUCCAACUUAAGAGGGUCUUCUAUUCUGGAUACUUGGGAGGGGAAUAAAUUAAAGUUUUACAGAA